AUGUUGCCACAAACAGCCCUUUUGCUGCUAAUGUCCUUGAACCUGGUUCAUGGAGAAUUUUAUGCUGAGCGAUACCAAACACCUACAGGCAUAAAAGGCCCCCCACCCAACCCCAGGACACAGUUCUUCAUUCCCUAUGCCAUAAAGAGUAAAGGUGUAUCAGUAAGAGGAGAGCAAGGUAUUCCUGGUCCACCAGGCCCCGCUGGACCUCGAGGGCACCCAGGUCCAUCUGGACCUCCAGGAAAACCAGGCCAUGGAAGUCCCGGACCCCAAGGAGAGCCAGGGUUGCCCGGACCACCGGGACCAUCGGCCCCUGGGAGGCCAGGUUUGCCAGGACUCCCGGGAAAACCAGGGGAGAAAGGACCAUCCGGACCAAAAGGGGAUAUUGGACCAGCUGGUUUGCCAGGACCACGGGGCCCACCAGGGCCACCCGGAAUCCCCGGCCCAGCUGGCAUUACUGUUACAGGAAAACCCGGACGACAAGGACCCACAGGAGCUCCAGGACCCAGGGGCUCUCCUGGAGAAAAGGGUGCAGCGGGAGUCCCUGGUGUGCAUGGACAGAAAGGGGAAGCAGGGUAUGGUGCUCCUGGACACCCGGGUGAGAGGGGCCUUCCAGGCCCUCAGGGUCCCAUGGGACCACCUGGCCCUCCUGGAGCGGGAAAGAGAGGUGAAAGUGGGUCUCCAGGACAGCCAGGCAUCAAAGGCGAUCGGGGCCUUCCAGGAGAGAGGGGCCCAGCUGGCCUGCCAGGCCCCCAGGGUCCUCCUGGGGAACGAGGACCAGAAGGCACUGGAAAGCCAGGAGCCACUGGAGCCCCAGGCCAGCCAGGGAUUCCUGGGACAAGAGGUCACGCUGGGGCUCCAGGAAGGGCUGGGCCCCCAGGGGCUCCUGGCUUUGGGAAACCAGGGCUGCCUGGCCUCAAAGGACAAAGAGGACCUACUGGCCUUCCAGGAAGCCCAGGUGCUAAAGGGGAACAAGGCCCAGCAGGUCAUCCCGGGGAACCAGGUCUGACUGGGCCCCCCGGAACUACGGGACCCCAGGGACCAAAAGGCAUGGCAGGCAACCAAGGGAUUCCAGGCCCUAAAGGUGAGACAGGGCCAGUGGGGCCUGCAGGGCACCCUGGGGCUAAGGGAGAAAGGGGUUGGUCUGGGUUAGAUGGAAAACCAGGGUACCCGGGAGAACCAGGCAGCGGUGGUCCUAAGGGAAACCCAGGGUUACCAGGCCCAAAAGGGGACGCUGGAGUCCGAGGACCUCCUGGUCUCCCAGGCCCCGUGGGCCCAGCCGGAGUGAAGGGAAUGCCUGGACCCAGUGGUGAGACUGGUCCAAGAGGUGGCCCUGGAAUGCCAGGGGCCAGAGGCCCCACUGGGCCACCGGGCAUCCCAGGAUUCCCAGGAUCCAAAGGGGAUCCAGGAACUCCAGGUCCUCCUGGCCCAGCGGGCGUCGCAAGGAAGGGGCUCAGUGGUCCCACUGGGCCACCAGGGCCUCCGGGUCCGAGGGGCCACACUGGGCAGCCCGGCCUCCCAGGGCCCCCAGGCCCCCCAGGCCCCCCAGGCCAAGCAGCCCCAUCUGAGGGUUUUAUAAAGGCAGACCAAAGGCCUUUUGUUAGUGCCAACCAGGGAGUCACAGGAGUGCCUAUGUCUGCUUUCACCGUUAUUCUCUCCAAAGCUUACCCAGCUGUAGGCAUUCCCAUCCCAUUUGAUAAGAUUUUGUAUAACAGGCAACAGCAUUAUGACCCAAGAACUGGAAUCUUCACCUGCAGGAUACCAGGAACGUACUAUUUCUCCUACCACGUGCAUGUGAAAGGGACCCAUGUUUGGGUGGGCCUGUAUAAGAACGGCACCCCUGUAAUGUACACCUAUGACGAAUACACCAAAGGCUACCUGGAUCAGGCUUCGGGGAGCGCCAUACUUGAUCUCACGGAGAACGACCAGGUGUGGCUCCAGCUGCCCAACGCUGGGUCGAACGGGCUGUACUCCUCUGAGUAUGUCCACUCCUCUCUCUCAGGGUUCUUGGUGGCACCAAUGUGA